AUGUCGCUCAAACAUAUCCUCAACGAUGAUCCUCCGCCUCGCUCCCCGGGUGUCGGCCCUCAGCCACCUGCGACCAACGGCGGCCCAACCAUGGUCGUAGCACCCCAACCUGUUGCGCCUGUCGCGCCGCUGUCGCCCACACCACAGCACCAACGCGAGGUCCGUCAACGCUCAGCCGGGUACGACGUCGAACAGGCGCCUGCAGGACGCGAGUACUCCUACCGGCUCGAGACUGCCAGUUCAUAUCAAAGUCCCGCGGGGUUCGAACAUCGUAAUGGCGAUAGGCUGCCAGGUGAUGACGUCCCAUCUGGGCCGAGCAGCUCGUAUUACGCCGAACAAGAAGAGAGCGCGACUCCGUCACCACGUAUAUCGAACGGAACGCCUGUCGGUGGUAGGCAGAAGGAGGACUCGGCACCGGUGGAGAGUAAUGGGAGAGUGUUGAGGAAGAGGAAGUUGCCUGACGAUGACGAGGACUAUCAUCCACCGGGUCAGAAGCGGCAAUUGCGUCGGACACCGCGCACGCGUCAGCAACACAGAAAUGCAACGCCCGCGGAGAGCGUGGACGACACACCAGUGGAGGAGGUUGUUGAGUCUGCUGAAGAAGAAGUGAGGCCAUCGUCCGACCUCGAGGAUUGUCCGGAGUUGUGGUGGUCCGACUUGGGCAACUAUAUCAUCGAAACUCACAAGCGACAAAAGCAAGUCGACGCCUGGUUUUCGCGUUGGAUCAUUGAGCGCGACUCGAUCACCGCAUAUCGAAUGUCCCACAUGUACCGGGACAGGCUUGCACGAAUACCACUUCCUCCUGCCCCACUCCCACCUCCGCCGCCUAUUGACGAAGACAUGAUGAUGAGAAUGCGCGCUCCUCCAUCCCCAUCAUCGAGCGUGUACGAUGUUGGGCUCCCCGAUUUUGGCCCCUCCGACGGCCACUCCUUCGUGGGCGACGAUGGCGCGCGGGAUGUCGACGAAACAAUUUCCUCCAGCCGGCGCAAGGGGAAAGGCAAGGAAGCACCCAAACGUGCUCCUCCUGCAGGCUCCGAGAGCGACAGCGAUGUCGACAUUCCCAUCAGCGCUAUGCGCCCUCCUCACAAGAGGAGACGUGUUGAGAAGGACGGUGCGGAUGGCGCAGACGACCAGCGGUCCAUCAUCGACGAGCCGAUAUCUAUGGGCGCGUCUCCUGCGAACAAACUCCUCAGCAAUGCGAAGGGGAGGGGCAAGGGCAAGCAGCGUGAGCAGAGCGUGGACAGUACGACAGCGACGCCGAAAGGUCGCAAGAAGCCUGGUCCUAGGAAGAAGCUUGACAACCUUCCUCCUGCGACGCAAGAGCUGCUUGGUAUCGGCUCCAACGCGCCCUCUGUGUCGGGCGACGUCACGCCGGCGGGUUCACGUCCGCCCUCACCUACGCUUACGAACAUGUCAGCUACGAUGUACGAGCUUGAUGAAGCCAUUCCUGCCCUUAAGCGGGCGAGGAAGGUGGACGACGCCGCGAUGAUCAAGCGUGUCAAGAACCUGGAAGAUGCUCAGCGCAAGGUCUGGCAGAACAUCGCACGGCGCGAUGUUGCAAAGGUGUACAAAUACCACGUCACAGGCUACCAGAUCCGCCGCGCUCAGAUGAGCCGACUCGCGACGCUAUCAUCUAUUCAGGCUCGUCGGCCAUUUCAGAAGACGGCCAAGGCGACCAAGGACACGCAGGCAAAGGCCAAGCGCCUCAUGCGCGAGAUGCUCGUCUUUUGGAAGAGGAAUGAGAAGGAAGAACGAGACGUCCGCAAGCGUGAGCAGAAGGAGGCCAUCGACCGUGCCCGGGUCGAGGAGGAGAAGCGCGAAGCGGCGCGGCAAGCCAGGAAACUCGAGUUCCUUAUCAGCCAGACGGAGCUAUAUAGCCACUUCGUCGGGAACAAGCUCAAGACUGCUGAACUCGAGGGUGAAGAGGCAGCCACUCAGGCUCCCGCCGGUGCCGAUCUAGCGGAUGUCGGUCUCGACAAGCUGCAAGAUAUCGACUUCGACGAUGAGGACGAGACGAACAUGCAGCGGCAUGCUCGUAAUAACGCCCAAAACGCCAUCGUGCUUGCCAAGCGGCGUGCCCAGGAUUUCGACACUCAAGCUGCACUGGUGCGCAAGACGAACGAGGCUCUUAAGCUCGCGAAACGCCAGGCCCACAUCCGAGCGGACGAGGAUGUGGAGACCCCUGGUGGUUCGGGCACUCCUCUUGUUGAUCUCGACUCGGAUGAGUUGAACUUCCAAAACCCUACGUCGCUCACUGGCGAGCUCACCAUCGCUCAGCCGAAGAUGCUCAUGGCUACGCUGAAGGAGUAUCAGCUCAAGGGUUUGAACUGGCUUGCCACGCUCUACGAGCAGGGUAUCAACGGUAUUCUUGCAGACGAGAUGGGUCUCGGAAAGACGGUACAAUCAAUAUCGCUCCUCGCUUACCUCGCGGAGACACACGACAUCUGGGGACCGUUCCUGGUCGUCUCACCCGCUUCGACCCUGCACAAUUGGCAGCAAGAGAUUACUCGUUUCGUGCCCAAGCUGAAGGCGCUUCCAUACUGGGGUAACCCGAAGGAUCGUGCCACUCUGCGUAAGUUCUGGAGUAAGAAGGAAAUCAGCUACGAUCAGGACGCACCCUUUCAUGUCCUGAUAACCUCUUACCAACUCGUUCUCCAAGACCAGCAGUACUUCCAGCGCGUGAAGUGGCAGUACAUGAUCCUUGACGAGGCGCAGAACAUCAAGAAUUCCUCCAGUGCGCGUUGGAAGACAUUGCUUGGCUUCCACUGUAGGAAUCGCCUCCUCCUUACCGGUACUCCGAUCCAGAACUCGAUGCAGGAAUUGUGGGCUUUGCUCCACUUUAUCAUGCCGAGCUUGUUCGACUCUCACGACGAGUUCAACGAGUGGUUCUCGAAAGAUAUUGAGAAUGCGGCUGAGAACAAGGGUAGCAAGCUGAAUGAGCACCAGCUUCGUCGUCUCCACAUGAUCUUGAAGCCGUUCAUGUUGCGUCGCGUCAAGCGACACGUGCAGAACGAACUGAGCGACAAGGCACCCAUCGAGAAGGAUAUCUAUGUGGAGCUAAGCGCGCGCCAGCGAAGUUUGUACAAGGCUCUACUGGCAAACGUCUCCGUUCAAGACCUGCUCGAGAAAGCGGCUAAUAUGGGUGACGCUGACUCGGCGCGUUCGCUCAUGAACCUUGUGAUGCAGUUCCGGAAGGUUUGUAACCAUCCUGAGCUGUUCGAGCGCGCCGACGUUGUUGCUCCUUUCUCGUUCUCCGACUUCGGUCGCUCCGGUCCUCUCAACCGCGAAGGCGAUUUUGUUCAGCUCCCGUACUCGAUUCGCAAUCCGAUCGAAUACACGAUACCCCGGCUGUUCCUCGAAAAUGGUGGCCUACUGGAUAUACCGCAGGAGGAUACGCUAAUGCGCACAGGUGACGGUCCUCUGGCCAGGAUGAUGAACAUAUGGUCGACAGGGUCGGUCUACCGUUCUCUCAACGAAGAUGCUCGCUCUGCGUUCUCAUUCCUGAAGUUCAUCGACCUUGCCCCGAGCGAGGUUAACGACUAUCUUUGGUCAUCCACCAUGGCACGGCAGAUCCGACUGCUGCAGCUCGAGCGCGGCAGCAUAGAGUUUGAGCCCUUCAAGGAGGACCCUACUUUCGCGGCACACGCGGCCGCCAGACCUUUCGACAUCUCUCCCCUUGACCGUGUUCGCAACCUUCGUGCUGGAGCGGACCUUCCCAGUCUGCGUGAGAUCUCCUCGACAAGAUGGGCCACUUCGUGCCUAUCGCGAGCGGAACUAAAAUGGUUCAUUCCUCCCGUGGUUGCGCCUCCCAUCACCGUCUACAGUGCCGAUCGCACCUUUGUGGAGAAGCAAGCUCAGAUCAUUGAGGCUCCAAAAGAGACGCUCGCCCUUUAUGGGUUGCCUCGAUAUAUGUGGGACUAUGAGCCUGCCUGCGAGACUUUCAAGCGCGAGGUCGGCGACAUCCCGGUCUCUGGGCUCUUCGGCAACUCUCCCCGAGACCAACUUCCGUUAUCCACAAUGCAAGUCCCCGAGGCGAAGCGCCUCAUCUACGACUCCGGGAAGCUUGCUCGGCUAGACGCUCUCUUGCAAGAGUUGAAGGCCGGUGAUCAUCGUUGCCUCAUCUACUUCCAAAUGACGAGGAUGAUGGACCUCAUGGAAGAGUACCUCAUCCACCGCCAGUACAAGUACCUGCGCCUUGAUGGCUCUUCGAAGCUCGAGGAUCGUCGCGAUAUGGUCAUGGAGUGGCAGACGCGGCCGGACAUCUUCAUAUUCAUCCUGAGUACUCGCGCCGGUGGUUUGGGUAUCAACCUGACCGCCGCAGAUACCGUCAUUUUCUAUGACCACGACUGGAACCCGUCCAAUGACGCACAGGCUAUGGACCGUGCACACCGUCUGGGCCAGACGCGUCAGGUCACGGUAUACCGAUUGAUCACCAAGGGCACGAUUGACGAGCGCAUCGUGCAGCUGGCGAGAGUGAAGAAAGAUGUCCAAGACAUUGUCGUCGGGAAUAAGACCUUCACUGAUGUCGCGAAGCCCAGCGAGAUCGUCCAGCUGCUGCUCAACGAAGAUCAGCUGGUGAAUCUCGAUGCGAACGCCGGCGAUGCCUCUGCAAAAGCAGGUGGCAAGCGGCCGGCUGGUGAUGCUGCAAUCGACCUGUGGAACGAGGAAGGCGACGAGUUCUUCGGCGGGCCGUCAGCAGCGCAGGCGGGGCUCAGUGGGGCGAAUGCCGAUGGAGACGAAGAUGCCAUGCCUGCUGAAACGCCUGUCCCGGCUACAAAGCGGGGCCGUGGACGUGGACGUGGCCGAGGCCGAGGACGGGGUGCAGGUGGCGAGUCUACACCUCGUGGACGGGGGCGCGGACGGGGUCGCAAGACGGAUACGGCUGCUGUGGACAUGGCAUCAUGA